GUGUGUUGAACCAAUGUGUUUGUUUAAAAGCGUAAACUAUGCAAUGCCUCAAGUCAAGACACCCGACAGGGCGAUUACUGAAAGGAUUCGAACGUUCUUUGAACAUGAAAAAGUGGGAAUGAUAGUUCCGAAUAAAGAAUUUCGGCAUUAGCUCUGAGACAACUAAAACCGCACAAUACCCGAAAUCUAAGACAUUGGCACCGAAAGCGACAAUGGUAUCUGAGUGGCACUUCAACACGACAGCUCAAAUAUCCUGCAUCAUACAAUGUUCCGUUCCGGGUCCGCUUUGCUCUGUCGAUUGGGAACCAACGUUCGGUAGAAUAUCAUAGCGUAAACUAGGGUUGCCCGCGUGGAUGUCCACAAAUCACGCACCACGGUCGAUUGACGAAGCCCGUGGUUUUAGUUGAGGUCUCGUGUUGAAGGCCUUUACAUAGAAGAGAUGGAGAACUUCUGAAUCUGCGGUUGUUCAACUUCAACCUAGACGUGUUCGGCUCGCUGGCAACUUAAUUCAUGGACGUGGAUAUGAGAGACAUAAUGGACAAAUGUAGAAACUCUGGUUUAAAGAUGAGCACGCAUUUCCGAUUUGUAUACCAUGCGACUGGAUAUGGCAGACUGGAAAAGCCCGCUGGCACCGCCGGGCACAAGCUAUUGAUGACAGAGGGUGUCGCGCUCGAUUCAUUCAAAGGACGAGAUGUGUUAUUCGAUCAAAGAAAGAGUUGGCCCAGCGGGCAGAUUUCCAGGCUAUGCGACAGCAGUAGCGGAGGAAAGACAUACAGCUGUAUAAUCAGAUGGGGGAGUAGGUACAUCAGGGCGACGUUGGUACAGAAAGUGCAGGGCCCUGUGUUUGUCAUACUAGAAAAGUGACAUGAGUUGAAUUGAUGCAUUUGUCUAGGGACAGUGACGAUCGAACGAUUGAGUCAUAAAUCCUAAGCACUGUCGCUAAGCCACUGCUGAGGCUGUAGGGAGGUCUGCUCACGACGCUUCCCCAGAACCUCAAAUACUAUCAUAAGCUUGCUGCCAGUUCCCAAAACUGGCGUCAGAUACUUUUAAAUUGCCUUCUCGACGAUCCUGGUACCGUUUUUACCCUAGUGCGCAGCUUGUUGCGCUCCUGGCCUACUGUAGUGUAAGAAAAAGGCAUUAGCCUCUGGACUGACGCCUCCCCAUCUUGCAGCCCAUGUCUUACAGUCCGAGCUAUUACAACGCCGGAGGGCCGGGGUCGGACUAUGCAAAUUCCCCAUACGGCACCGGAACCAACACCCCAACUCGAUCAUAUCCGCAUGGAGCACCAGUUGUCUCUCGCCCCACAUGGCAAACAGAGAAGGUAGAAGAAGAGCUGGCGCUGCAUAUUAAGAAGGCUCUUUCUCCAGAGGAAACCGCUCCCAAGCAAAAGCAUGUUCGCGCCUGCAUCGUGUACACGUGGGAUAUUAAAGGAUCGGGUAGUUUUUGGAUGGCGAUUGAAACCUUCCCGGUGCUGGGGGACGAACUUGUGACUUUCAAAGCUUUGAUUACUGCUCACAAGGUUAUUCGGCAAGGGCAUCCCAACGUACUGAAGGAUGCAAUAGGCCAAACUGGAUGGUUCGACACCCUUACCCGUAGCGUACCUCCUCAUAGUACCCGAGGAUACGGCGUUCUUAUUAGAGCUUACGUCCAAUUCCUUUUGGCAAAGCUUGACUACCACCGUCUACAUCCAGAAUUCAGUGGAACCUUUGAUUACGAGGAAUAUGUAACUUUGAAAGGAGUUGAGGACCCCAACGAAGGUUUUGAAACUAUCAAUGAUCUCCUAGGUCUAUUGGAUAAGCUUGAUUCUCUUCAAAAGUUGAUCUUUGUGAACUUCAGACCUAGUUCCAAUAAUGAGGCGAGGAUAGCAGCACUCGUUCCGCUGGUUGAGGAGAGUCAUGGGAUUUACCAAUUCCUAAUCAACAUGUUGAUGGCAAUGCACAAGAUCAUUGGAUCUGUGGAAGUACUUGCUCCCCUCCGGGAGAAAUUCAAUGCUGGUCACUACGCACUUUUUCGCUUUUACUAUGAAUGCUCGACACUUAAAUACCUGACGUCGCUCAUCACGGUGCCGAGAUUAUCACAAGAUCCCCCAGACUUCCUUGCCCAGGGGCCCCCUACAUUACCACCCCGAGGAGAGUCUCCCAACAAGCAAGCGGAGAUUGAUCUUUUCAACGAACAGCAGGCCGCAUUCGAAAAGCAACUGAUUGAAGACCAACAGCGUGAAGAGCAGCGGCUGCAAGCGGAAAGAGAAUUGGAACUUGCGCGACAACGACAGCAGCAGCAGCAGCUUGAGGCGCAAAGGCAACUCGAACUGCAACGGCAACAGCUUGAAGGACAGCGACAGCAGGAGGAAUUUCGACGACAGCAGGAGGCCGAGCGGAGACGGUUAGAGGAGGAGCGCCUGCGUAUGCAACAGCAAGCAAACGCGGCAAAUGCGCAACUGGAGGGCCAGCUCUUACAACAGAGGCUAAUGAACGCGCAGAAUGAGCUGGAGCAAUACCGGAAUCAGUCAUACCGUGACCGUGACACACUAAAUCAGUAUGAGCAGAGAAUACGGGGCUUGGAACAACAAUUGUCCCAGUUGUCCCUGGGCAACCGCGAUAUGGAUGCUGCAAAGGAUGACCUUCUGCGUAGAUUACAGGAGGAACUUGCACAAUGGAAGCAAAAGUACGAAGCGCUGGCUAAGCUGUAUGCUCAGCUGCGAAAAGAACAUCUGGACCUUUUAAACAAGUUUAAAGACGUUCGGGAUUCUGCGAAUCGACAAUCGGAGCAAGCCCGAAAAGAGGUUGAGAAAGCGAAAUCAGACAUGAAAGAAAAAAGUAAUGAGGUCACAGAACUUCUCAUUGAGCGCGAUCGUUUGAAAGGGGAGGUGGAUCGGGUGCGGGCACAGUACGAAGAAGAGAUGAGUCGAUUACGCCGCGACCUGCAAGAUGCCAAGGCUUCCCUGAAUGACCUCUCUGCGUCCAAAGGGGCGGAGUUGCAAAACAUUAUUAGUCGCUUUGAAGCUGAGCGACUUGAGAUGGAGAAUCUGAACAAGGCGAAGCAGCAACAAAUCGACGAAAUGAGGCGAAGAUUGGACGAUGCAGCAGCGGAUAUACAUCGGUCAAAGGCGGCGCAAGAGGAGGACGCAGCUGUCCUGCAGGCCGGUCUUGAUCAGACGCUACUUGCCCUUGCCGCACAGCAGAAGGUACGAGGACUAAAACGUCGACCAUGCAGUACCAACGCAUUUGUAACCUAG